UUCUUGCUACACCAGCACUUCAAGUUCGAACGGUGAUAUCGUAUAACCGUUGAAUCUUCUGGUUCCCGUUAAAUUAUUGUCGGUGAAAUCGUCGACAUUCUCAAAUCAAAUUCCUGCAACACACACAUUCGACAAUCAUGUUGAAGUACGUCGUACUCUUCACCACCGUGUUCUGUCUGGUGCAGUCGCAGCGACCCUGGCACGCAGGCAGCAGCAAUCGUCUGCCCCAGGUACUACCUCAGUACAUUGACGAACGAAUAGCAGCGGAACAGGCGGCGCAAGCAAACCAGAUCGGCCAAGCGAUUCCAGGUCAAACAUUUUCAGCUGGCCAAGCGACUCCAACAAAUCAAGUGGGCCAAGAAUUCCAAGGAGCGCCAACGGUAAGCGCGGCUGGCGCUGUCGACCCAGGAAUCGGUAAUCGAAUCGGUGUGGCAGAUGGUGCCGCAGCUUCAGCUGCACCGUCCACGACCACGAUAAAUCCGCAGGAUCUGCCGAUUGACGCUCACGGCGAUAUCGAACUGGUGAACAGAAUCCUGUCGUGGCCGAGAGAAAAAUGGCCGUUCUGGUUCGUCAACUGGCAGGCGAUUCAGGCUCAUCGCGGUGACGUGAACAAUCCUGCCCAGCCGGUUGAGACGCAACCCAAUGCGCGAUCGUUCUUCGCUGGUUAAGAAGAAAGAAAGAAAGACAAGGAAGAGAAAGAGGAAGAACGAAGAAAAAUUCUACAUCGAACACAUCGAUAAGACUGUAAAUUUAAGCAUUUUUGUUUUAAGCAAUUUCUGAUGAUAUUUAUGGCCGCUGACGACAACGGUUAUUUCCUAGUCAAAGUCAUCUUCUUUGAAGAAAUAUCUACAAGAAGAAGUGGUCUCUUCUGCGUUUGAUUAUUCAGGAUUAUAGGUUGAUCGAUUCGGUUUCUCGCGAUGACGAGAGAGAAGUUUAAGAUACGUGUAUGUAUGGUCGAAGCGAGUGGCCGUGUGAUCGUGCGCGAGUAUAAAAGUGUUUUUGGAGUACGAGUAUAAAUUGUUAAACUUGUUUUAUAUACAGUAAAUAAUGUGAUUACAAAAUUUCGACCAGCGAGAGAAUAAAUUUUCAAUUGUUUUUAAAAUAUUCCAAACACUCUUACAGAUUUUCCGAAAUAACUAUAGUAUGAUUGUUGUAUGUCGCCAUGAGGGUUUUUAAAUCGUUAGAGUUUAGUUAGUUUUUACUUUAUUAACUUUUAUGUGUGUACCAAGUUAAAAAAAAAGUUAUUUUUUACAACAAAAUAAAAUGCUGCUCUAGAAAAACAAUUGUUUCUCAUUACUCAACAUUAGAAAAUAGCGCUAUCGCAUUUGUAAAUAAACAUGUUCGCGUGAAUGAAAAAAAUGAUGUGAUUGAUCGAAAAUUACCGUAACUGUUACUAUGUGACUUUGUUUCAACAUUUCAAUGAGUCACUCAAUGAGUCUCUCAAAAAAAAA